CGAUCGGAAGCCCAUUCGGGGCUUCGAACGUAAACAUUGCAGUGUAAAAUGUGCGACUAGACCUGGCGAACACAGAAGCACGACACACGGCCGGUCUUUCUCCCCGUCAGCCCCUUUGCAGAAUCACCUGUUGCAGCCGGCGGGGGCGAACAGCACAGCCAGGUGAAGCCACGCUCACAAAAACUCGCUCUCGCAACGUGCACCUCACUGAGCCACUGCGCUGUGCAGCGUCCUUUGUUGCUGGCGUACUGCUGAUAUUUUCAUUGGGGGCUUGCCUUUUGUUGCCUGGCUGCUGCGAUGGCUGGCGGCUGCCGGCGCGGCGUGUUUGAGUCACGUGACCGCGCUGACUCAUAGCAAGUGACCAAUCAACGCGGUGCGCAGCCGACAAUCCGGGCCUGCCAAUCUGCGCACGGCGCGCAGCGCAGCUCCCGUUCUUGCUUUUGUUUCUUUUUCUUUAAGCUCGUUUUUUUUUUUCCUUGCGUUAGAUGGCCGCCAUAUUGUGCGACAUGGCAGCAUCAAUGUGAUCGCCGUGCGAGAGCUCGGACUGCCCUCCGUUUUUCUUUUCCGUUUCUUCAGAACGGUCGGCCGUGUGAAGAUUUAGUUUUUAUUUUUAUUCAUUCAUUUUACCCGAGAAGUGCGCGGCUUCUCUGCUGCGGGCCUUCGUCGCCGAGAGAAGAGUCUGUGUGUGUGUGCCGAUGCGAGAAACUGUGCGCGGCGGCGUCCUCCGAAUUUCCCCUCGUGGACGAUAGCCCCGUAAUGGGUUGCGAGGCGGCAGCAGCAGCAGCGGUGGCGCUAGGCCUAGCGUGUUGCUGCCCCGGACCGGAAAAGUCGCUGGCUCCUCCGUCGUCGUCUGACCGCGCCGCCGCCGGCAUCGUGAACGUCGGCGCCGCCGUCCGCACCGGAUCCGCCGCCAUCGGUGUGUGCAUGUGAGCCGGUGUGUUCGCGUCGCCCCUCCCGCCACCCCGACCCUCCCGAGUGCUUCAUCUCCCGGGAGCCGCUAGACAGUUGUUUCAAACCUGGAUGACGGCUCCGAGGCCACGGCAGAGGCACACGCCUUGGUGGGAUAAUGCUCGUGCGCGAGUCUCCAGCGCUGGAUCGCACCGGUUUGUUGCUGCGACGACCGCGCGAAGGGCGACUGUGGUGAAGAUUCGCCGCCUGCCUAGGUAGGUAGGCUCACAGAGGCACAGUAAAGUUGCGCCCCCUCACAGUCGCCAUGUCCAGUGUGCGGACCCCUCUGCAGACCGUCCAUGAGUCGGUCACGACCGACCAGGGCCCAAUUUUUAAGUCUCCUAAACUCCCUACGGGAGAGGAGGUGUCGGUGCUUGCGCCACGCACGACGUCGGCGCCGCGCAGCCGCACCUCCGAGGAGCCGCACAUUGGCCGCUACCGACUGCUCAAGACUAUUGGCAAGGGGAACUUUGCUAAGGUCAAGCUGGCCAAGCAUGUGCCCACAGGUAAAGAGGUGGCCAUCAAGAUCAUCGACAAAACCCAGCUGAACCCGUCAAGUCUGCAGAAACUUUUCCGAGAGGUUCGCAUCAUGAAGAUGCUUGACCACCCAAACAUAGUCAAGCUGUACCAGGUGAUCGAGACUGAGAAGACGCUCUAUCUGGUCAUGGAGUAUGCCAGCGGCGGUGAGGUCUUCGACUACCUCGUCGCCCAUGGCCGCAUGAAGGAGAAGGAGGCGCGUGCCAAGUUUCGCCAGAUAGUGUCGGCCGUGCAGUACUGCCACCAAAAGCGAAUCAUCCAUCGCGACCUCAAGGCCGAAAACCUGCUCCUGGACGGUGAGAUGAACAUCAAGAUUGCCGACUUUGGCUUCAGCAACGAGUUUGUGCCUGGCAUGAAGCUGGACACAUUCUGCGGCAGCCCACCGUAUGCGGCACCAGAGCUCUUCCAGGGCAAGAAGUAUGAUGGGCCCGAGGUGGACGUUUGGAGCCUGGGCGUUAUCCUGUACACGCUGGUGAGCGGGUCGUUGCCCUUUGACGGGGCCAACUUGAAGGAACUGCGCGAGCGGGUGCUUCGGGGGAAGUACCGAAUCCCCUUCUACAUGUCCACCGACUGCGAAAACCUCCUCAAGAAGUUCCUUGUCCUCAACCCUGCCAAGCGAGCCACGCUUGAGGUUAUAAUGAAAGACAAAUGGAUGAACAUAGGCUAUGAAGACGAUGAGCUAAAACCCUAUUUGGAGCCUGAGACUGACUUCGGGGACUCCAAAAGGAUAGCUCUGUCUUCCCGCGCAGAGAUCCUGAUGUCGAUGGGAUACAGCCGGGAUGAGAUAGAGGAUUCCCUACGCAACAGGAAAUAUGACGACAUUAUGGCCAACUACCUGUUGCUAGGAAAGCGGACCACUGAGAAUGAGAGCUGUGAUUCGAGGUCUAGUUCCAGCUUAUCCCUUCGGACAUUGAGGCCCAGCGGCGUGGAAGCGGCGGCCGUGCCCUCGGCGCCCAACCAGUCCCCCUCCCACGUCAAGGUGCAGCGCAGUGCCUCGGCCACGGCCAACAAGCCACACCGCAGGCUCAGCCACGGCGCCACCGAAUCGGGGGCUACCACCCAGGCGGCAACCCCCAGCGCCGGCACCCCGGCGGCUGCAGGAGGGGGAGCGGCUUACAAGCGGCAGAACACAGUGGAUGUACCCCGGGAGAGCCCCGGCUCCCCUCGGGCGGCCCCCAAAACGGCCCUAAAGAAAGCGGGCUCGGGUGGCACCACGGCGCCGCUGGCCUCCUCGGCCACCAACGCGACGAGCAGUCCCUCCAAGGCAGCGGCGCCGGUAGCCGUGCGCAAGGCCCCCAACUCAGCGCCCAACUACAUCAAGGCGAACCUGAGUGGCAUACCCCGGCGCAACACCUACAACUACGCCGAGGCCAAGGCUGGAAGCCCCGCUACCAUCGACGCACCCGCCAGCAACAGCUCACUGCUGGAGGAGGUUGGGGGCGGGGCGACGCCAAUGCGAGCCCGAGGUCACACCAAGUCGGCCUCGGUGUCGUGCACCGGCCGCUCCUCCGACCUGGUGCCUCUCUGCCCUUCCGACCCGCUCAGGCCGCCCAGUGCGGGAGGGGCCAAGAGCGGAGGCGGGGCCGUGCAGGGCAGCCUGGCGGCGUCCCCGCUGCCGUCGCACACGAACCGGCCCUUCCCUAGGGGGACUGUGAACCGCAGCACCUUUCACAGCGGCCAGACGCGCCGCACCUACAAUGGACCGGGCUCAGGCGGCUCGAGUUUGCCCCAACAGUCGCAGGACACGUCCAGCGUCUCGGGACGGCAGUCCUUCUUCAGCAAGCUCUCCUCCAAGUUCAGCAAGAGAACUGAUUUGCCAAACAAUAUUGCUGCCAGCUACAAUGCUACACCACCACCUUUGCCACGAGAGCUUAGGACAAGGACGAUGAACGAGGAGCAAGUUAAGCCCCGGUCACUGCGUUUCACCUGGAGCAUGAAGACGACGUCAUCGAGGGACCCCGCUGAGAUCAUGCAGGAGAUCCGCAAGGUCCUCGACAAGAACAACUGCGACUACGAACAGCGCGAGAAGUUCCUGCUGUUGUGCGUGCAUGGCGACCCCAACACGGACUCGCUCGUCCAGUGGGAGAUCGAGGUGUGCAAGCUGCCGCGGCUGUCGCUCAACGGGGUGCGCUUCAAGCGCAUCUCGGGCACAUCUAUUGGCUUCAAGAACAUUGCCUCCAAGGUGGCCAACGAGCUCAAACUUUAAUGACUCUGUCCACCGCCGUGUGGUAGAAGAAAGAAAAGUUCUGCUGCUGCUGCUGCCGCUGCCACCGCCGCUUUGGGCACGGGGAGCCCUCCUCGUGUGGGCCAUGGCGGUGGUGCUCAACUUGCCUCUUCGCCCCGACCACCGGUGGCCCUUGCAACCUGCGGCAAGACAUCCCGCUGCAACGACGUCUAGGUGUACUUUGUGUGCGGGGGCUUGGCCUGGCUCUGUUCCUGCUUGACAUUGAUAUUUUCUUUUUCCAUUUUGUGUUGCACUUGCAAGAAAGGGAUUACGCAUCGCUUGUACCAUUCUUUCUUUUUUUUUUUUUUUUCUUCCUCCUCUUAGUGUUCAGGCUGUUCAUCGGUAAAGGGUGAGGCAGGGAUUUUAAUUUGCUGCAAGCGUGGAUUUGCAGCAUGCUGCAAGACGACAGUGUCGUCUCCUGCUUCUGAGCCUUGGCGGGCUUUCAACGAGCUCUCGUCUUGCUCAGACGGGCACGAAUUGAAGCAGCGUCGUAGCCCUCUUGCCAGGGAGCAGAAGGGCGCCGUUGGCGACGCUCCUCCCAUACGAUGGAGGGAAGGCAUACGUCACAAAAGGACAGGCCUGCUGCACCUGUCCCCUUUUUGUCGAGUGUCGCGCUGGCAGAAAGUACUGAACUGUGUUGUACUCCUCACCUGACCCCCUUGGCAAGGCUUGCCUCCUCCCAAACCGAUUCCCUGCGAUAACGGACUCGAGGCUGGAUGUGCGUUUAAGUGUGUGCAAGUCAUGACUGAUGUGUGUGUAUGUGCAUAUUUUUUUUUUACCUAGGCCCACUCCAUUCUUUUUUUCUCUUUGGGAUGUAUGUGUACAUAAGAAAGCAACGAGGUUGACAUGAGCAUGGACUGGCUGUUGUGAUUGCGUAGCGGCAAUUUCUGGCUCUCCUCUGUGGACACCAAACGAUGCUGCUGGGAGCCUCACACUUCACACACCACAUGAACUUGAAAUAAUGGCCAUUUAAAAGACUUCUCAGGCCAUAUUCGUAACAGGAACACAGCAGUUGCUUGCCCAAGGUUCUCCGUGCAUGCGCUGCCUCAGUGGUAUUGAGGCCCUGAGGCAGCUCAUUUCCCCUCCCCCCCCCCCCCUUUUUUUUUUGGUGUUCACAUCAUUCACCUGUUGGCCAGGACACCUACACCCCCCCACCCCCACCCCCCCCCCACCCCACAUAAGAAAACCUUUGGAACCUUGGCAGCACUGUGUAGGCGCUUGACAAGCUUAUUACAGACAAAGGUUUCUUCCUUCAGCAACCCGUCUCACUGAACGUGACGGCAUGCUAGCCCAGAGAGCAACUUUCAAGGAGGCUUGAAAAUUGCUGCAUUUCGAGAAUUAAGGUGAACAGAUGGCGUGCUGUAUUGUCGUCAGGAGAGGGAGGGGAGUUGCACUACGAGGGAGAAUGCAAACUAGGGGAGUAAAUGAUAGGUGCACUCUGCACCCAUUCUCUCAAGGUUACUUAUUUCACUGUGUGCAAAGGCCUGUCAACAUGUCGCGACCGAAAACAUCGGGUGCGCUCGCUUAAUUACCUUGCGUUUGCUUUUUUUCAAAUCCACCAAGCAGGAAUCGUGCGUGCCGCAAGACUUCAUUUCGACUAUUGCUUUUGACCUAGCGAAAGCGCGUGCUUGGCUCCGUUUUGCAUUUUUGUUGCCCAUCUUACCGUAUGGUGUAUGCAGCACCACAGCGUCAUUUCAUAACCUUUUCAUCGAGGCCACCGUGUCUUUCCAGCAUCGGCUUGGGGAACGGUGCUUCUUAUCAAGACGAGAAGUGGCAAUGUGCGAUAGGUGGGAACAAGUUACUGCUUCAGGUGUUUAAUUAGUAAAGAAGCUGUUAUGAAGCUCACAUCGAAAGCACUCCGUGGCAAGCAGUAUUGAGUUCAUUCUUUCCCAACUGAAUGAUUUGGGAAAUUUUCACCGAGGUCACGCGAAGCAGCACGGGAUGUGCAGAAUGGGUUAUACGUUUCAUUGCUAGGAUGAACUUGUACUUUACCGUAGACACCGAGAGAACGCCGCCCAUAGCUUCUGCCUUGGUUGGCAAACACCCCGUUUUUCCGGCCAGAGGGAGCUGUCACUUUUGUUAGACGUUUACUUAGCUCAAGGAGUCCUAUUCAUUUCUUCCCCACUUCGUUUUUUUUUUUUUUUUCGUCCUUGUGUAUCAAACAAAGUGCGCCACUUAAAUGUGUUGGCCGCCGUUAGCCACCUUGUACAUACGAUCAGCAUUCUUUUUCCCACACGGCUCCUCCCUGUGUAAAUAGUGGGCAAGAAGACCUCUCUUUUCAAGGGGGAGGUGGGGGGGAGGGACGCUACUGCAUUUCGAGCUAGAGUGCAGUUACCAGUGUUGGUGGUGCGAUCAGUUGACAAUUUUUGCUUUCACACACACACACACACACCAUUGUUUUAACAAGACAUGGCGCUUUAGUUAUUUUUCUUGUCCUAGUAGGCUGCUGCACGAACUGGACUUGUUGUUUGGCCCUGUUUCUUGCAAAAGAUGCUUUCAGGGCUCUGGCAGCGAACAAGAUGACGCAGGGUGUACAUAGCUGCUGCCCUGUAUGUGUUUCUUGGUGCGGCUGCCAUGGCAAAGUGUGACCAGUGCUAGCAGGUUUCCCAACUUUUUUUUUUUCCAAGGAAAUUGGUUAUAACUAGUUCAGUGUAAAUAUCUGGAGCUUUCAUAAUUACACAAGUAAGUGCUAGGGAAGUUUCUAGUGUAUAAUUUAUCUAAAAACAAAUAAAGGGUCCUUCAAGUACCUGU